CUGCACUCUUCGUAAGCGCGGGAGUAUCGGUUUGCGGGCAGGGCUGUAUUCGCUGGCUUGGUUUCCUGGGUGCGUUUGGCCUUUUGUGCUGCUAUGGCUUUCAGCGUGGAGGUAGCGGGCGACCGGAGCGGAGGGGCUACCGUCCCCGCGGGCUGCCUGUAGGCGGGGUGCAAGGGUCCUCAGGGUCGCCGCGGCCUUCGCCUUCCUCCGUCGCCCGAGUCGCAGUGCCCACCGGGAGAAUGGAUUCGGCUUUCGAGAAGCGUCACCUCUGGAUGUACCUGCAGGCGCUGGGCUUGGAUCCGAGCUGGGUCGCCGCCGUGGGCGGGAAGAUGUUGUCUCAAGCGCACCUCGGAGAGAACAUGUUUGACAAACUGAACCGUGACGCCUUUCAUGUAGUUUCUUAUUUUUUGUUUCAAACACUGAAUGAGUCUCUUGCCAAAGACGUUUUCAGAGAUUGCUGGCCUCCAUUUGACCAAAAAUAUGACGUGGAGUUCCGGAAACAUUGCUGUGAAUGGUUAAAAGAAAUUUCUGCUGAAUAUGGAAGAAGUUUUCCUCAGGUUGUUGGCUCACUGUUUCUUUCUCCUGGUGGUCCUAAGUUUAUUCAUCUGAUGUAUCAUUUUGCAAGAUAUGUUGCAAUCAAAUAUAUUAAAAUACAAUCAAAUGAUUCUCUGCGUUUUGCAGAAACAUUUAAUGCAAAGCAACAGGAUAUGUACAAGUGCAUUGCCAGAUGCCACGUAGCACGUAACAGAUUUUUACAAAUUUUGCGAAGAGAACAUUAUGUUACCCAAAAAUUCCAGGAAAAUGCACAUUUGUCUAUUAAGCAGAUGCGAAAUUUGAGAUCAGAAUACAUGACCCUACAAAAUCAAAUUAAAAGAAUGAAUCCUUGUGAUGACCAGAGUAAUAUACAAGAGAAAAUUCAAAAGGUUCGGUCUUUGUGGACUUUAGUGAAUGAGACACUCCUGUUUUUGGAAAAGGAGAGAGAAGUUGUUAGUUCACUCUUCAGUGUUGAUAACCAAUGUGUUUUGGAUGGAACUAAUGUUACAGUUGAUAUAUCAAGACUCUUACUUGACAGAAUCGAGGAGCAGAUGUGUCAGUUGCAGAUGAGAAAUGUUUAUGAGGCUGGAAAGUUGAACCUCUUAACCAUUAUUCAGUUGUUAAAUGAAGUCUUGAAAGUAAUGACAUAUGAACAUUGUAAGGCUGACCAAGCAAGACUGAUACUAGACCUUCACUACCUUGAAAAAGAAGCUAAAUUACAGAGGGAAAGAUUAUCAGAUAUGAAACAUAUGAGGCAUAAAAUAAAAGAGAACGUCACUGCAAUAAGACAUUCUGUCUUUGAAAAGGAAGGAAAAUGGCAUCAGAAGUGGAAAGAAUUUCUUGGUCUGUCUCCUUUUGGUGUAAUUAAAGGCGGGUCUUCAGCUGUGGAUCUUUUGCCUCCCAUGUCUCCCCUUUCGUUUGAUCCUGUGUCAGAGGAAGUAUAUGAAAAGAGUGUACUUUUAAAGUAUCCUGCUUCACUUCCAGAUACACAUAAAGAACAUAACCAAGAAAAUGGUAGUGGAAGAGAAGCUGACACCCUCGGAGGUGUGUGUGAUCUAGCCGGCAGCCCUGCGCCUUCCCCCUUACAAUGUGCCUCGUCAUCAGAUACAAACAGUAUCACACUACUUGAAAAGGAUCCAAAUAUGAGAACUCCCAAAGACAAAAACAUAAUGACUUAUAAGAAAGUAUCAGACUCUGAUGUAGAAAACUCUCCUUUAUCAAACAUUGCAAAGAAUACACAGAAGAAUGUAUUCAGAGGGUCUCUGCCCGUGAAAAAGAGUGAUCCAUUCCAUAAGGAACAAGAACGUCUGGCAGAAGAGGUUGCCAGAGUAGUUCUGUCUGAUUCACCACAGUUCUCUGAAGGAAAAGAAAUAAAAUUGGAGGAGCUGAUUGACACUCUAAUUUCUAAUCCUUUCUUAACUAGGAAACAAAUUCCCCGAACUCCAGAAAACUUGAUAACUGAAAUUAGGAGCUCAUGGAGAAAAGCUGUUGAAACUGAAGAUGACGGAAGUUCAGAUUCGAUUCUAGUAGACGUAAAAGCUAGAGGAGUGUCUCCAGAGUCUUUGCUGACACUGAAGAAUCAGAGGGAACUAAGCAUGGCUAUUUUUUCUUCCGAUUUUGAUCAAUCCUAUUUGCCUGAAGAAAAAGCUGUUUCAGAUCAGCCCAAAAGUGUACCUCAAAAACCUUUGGUGACAAGUCAGGUCAGUGAACCCCCGAUGCAAGAAGAGUCAGACUCGAUAAAUAAGAAAAUGCUUUGUGAGCAAGAGUUAGAGUGUGCAGCCACCAGACUUUCAGAAACCGGACAAAUAGCGGCCUUCUCCCUUGCUGUGGGCAGUGGGAUAGAUGUGUUGGGUAAAAGAGAAGAGGACUCUGUCCAACUAUUGGAGCACUCACAAGCUUCCUGCAGUGAACCUUCCACACAUAAAACUCCGUCAUGGGACCCUUUUCAGAGGCUGAGUGGUUUUGGAAUAUUACAUGAAACUCUUCCAGAAGAAGCUGGCCACCUAAGUCUUAAUAGCUCUACUAAUUCAGAGAUCAAUUUUAGACUGGAUCCAAGUAGUUGUGUGUACUCUGAUGCUUUUCCAGAUGAUGUUGGAAAAAGACAAGCUCCUCCAGAAGUCGAUUCCAGUUUUCAGGCUAUUCUCAGUAGUUAUGAGGCUUUGAAGAAGUCCCUUAACAAAAUAAGGAAAGAAUCUCACUUGUCUAAUCCCAAGACACUGGAACAACACAAAAUAGAAUUGAGCCCUGUAGCCAAAGACCUGCAAGCGGAUGAUACCCAUACUUUUUUGGGCACUCAGGAUUGGUUUACUGACUACACAGAGCCAUCUUCCCACAUGUCCCUUGAUGAAAGAACACAGUCUGUAUCACCACUAACUAAAGUUUCUUUGGUGGAGCAAAAAUUGAGGACUACGUUACCAUGUAGUCUCAGGGAAUUUCUUCCUAACUUAAACGAAGAAGAAAUCUCAACUCAAGAGCCUUGAAGCAAGAGAAUCUCUGAUUUGACAAGAUGAAGCAGUUUCCAGUUAACUUAGCUGUGAUGCACUUAAACUGAAGCCUUGUCAUUCAGCUGCAGCCCAUCUAGAGACACACAUUGGAAGUGUAAUACUCUUUCCAAGGUCAAAGGAGUUAUGGAUGCACUUCGGCUUCUUGUAAUGUCUUUAGGCAUUUAGGUCUUUUGAAAUGUGUCGUAUUUAGAUAGUUUGGAAAUUGUAAACAGGCUUAAUGAAUUCCAAGUAUACUGAUCCUGCAGCCUGAUGUUGAUGGAUAAAAUACAUGUGAUAAGACAGAAUGAAUUGAGAAAAGGGGAAAGGUAGAAGAUGACCGGACAUUUAAAGAAUACUGCCAAACUGUAUUAUUUCGUCUACAUAGAUUGAGAAUUUAAUCCUAGUUUAUAUUUAACAAAAAUAUAAAUGAAAAAUUAACAAAUCUGUUCUAUUCUUGUCUAUGGGUGAUAUGGGGUAUUUGGGGGAAAGCAACAAGUUUUAUGUUACUGAUCAGAAUCUAUUAAAGUUCCCUAAUGCCUACUGAAUAUCCAAAAAUAAUUUGAGAAAAAUGAACAUGGAUUUAAGUAAUUGUGACAUUUGUACACUUUGCCUUAUUGUCAGGGCUUCUGGCCCAGAACUGGGUUUGUUUGUAACAUCCAAGAAAUGAAUGCGUGCGCCUGAAUAAGCGUGAGCAGAAGAGGUACUGAAAGGUUGAUUUGUCUCCUUCAGUUCCUUGUAUUGUCUCAGUUUGUAAUAUCUAAAUCUUGUCCACAAGUCUUCUAGGAAAUGAGAGAGGAGAAAGGUCAGAGGAAAGAGUACUGGAAGUAGAUGGGCUGAGCAUCAGAGGGACCGUGUAAGAGCUCCUUCAUGG